AUGUAUCGUGGCAUAGGAACUUCUCUCCAUUCAAAUCGACGCUUCACAGCCCGUGAUGGCGAUGGCGACCUUUAUGAUGCUGCUAACCUUGCGCAGCUCGUUGACGAUGCCCAUGCCAGGGAAUUGGCUUGUGUCUUGCUCCUAUCUCAAUAUCCCGGACAAUGGAAGCCCUCGAUGCUCAACUGGAGGAUAAGGCGGCUUUUCUUCGGUUUUUUCGAAGGGCUUUGA